GUGUAACCGAUAUGAAGCUGCCUUGGGACAAACUUGUGGGACUUACAACAGAUGGAGCACCGGCGAUGUGCGGUGAAAAAAAGUGGACUAGUGGGAAGGAUGCGGUUAAAAAUGCAGGAGGAGAACUGUACUGGUGAGUUGACAGCAAAUCAUUGUAUCAUACACCAGGAAUCGCUUUGCGGUAAAGUCCUAAAAAUGGAACAUGUAAUGAGCACUGUAACGCAAACCGUAAACUUUAUCAGAGCCAAAGGGUUAAAUCCCCGCCAAUUUCAGUCUUUUAUGAGGGAAAUAGAUUCUAAGUUCGGCGACUUGCCUUAUCACACUGAGGUGCGGUGGCUAAGUCGGGGAAAAGUUCUCAAAAGUGUUUUUGAGUUGGGCGAGGAAAUCUGUCAGUUCUUGGACAGUAAAGGAAAAGACUCCACACUUCUGCGGGAUGAAAAGUGGAAAUGUGAGUUGGCGUUUCUGGCUGACAUAACUAGUUAUCUCAGUGUCUUAAACCUUCAGCUCCAGGGAUGGGACCGCAUGAUCACUGAUAUGUAUGAUGCAGUGAAGGCAUUUCAAGUGAAGCUGCGCUUAUGGGAGACACAAAUGCACCAAUGCAACUUGUCUCACUUUCCCUUUUGCCAAGUAAUGUUGAACCAAGUCAGCGCCACGGUGUUCCCAAAUGCACACUUUGCUGAUAAACUGAGCGCACUUCGCACUGAGUUCGCACGGCGCUUUGGUGCCUUUGAAGCACAGAAACAUAAUUUUGAGCUGCUUCUCUUGCUUCAAUUGCCGUCCACGUGGAAACGACACCUGUACAGAUUCAGAUGGAGCUGA